CCGCGCGGUCUGCUCUUGGAUAUUGUAAUAGGUAGGCACCUCAGACACAAGGGCCUGAUCAGAUUCCCCAGAACUUUUGAAAUAGGUAGACCAGAUAGAAGUCGAACCAGCUUAAUUUGGGUCCUCGGAAUCACUCGCUCGCCAAGUGAUUGCUUCAAACAACAUUAUUGUGGAUCCGGCAUUUGCUAAAACAACGCAAGCCUUGAAAUACCUGUUGCACCAUCUAAUCUGGUGCGCUGAGCUGUUUGCAUUGCUAGUUUGCGAGUUGCACCCAGCUUGUUGAGCUCGUGAAGCUGCAACCAUGGCAGCCGCGGCAGCUGAGACCUUGAACACGACGGCGCACCACAACAAGGGCAAAGUGCUGGUGGGCAUGAGCAGUGCCGAUUACAUCCGCACGAGCGACAACAAGAAACAUGCGACAGGCUUCUUCUUGAGGGAGCUCGGGCGGCCGCUGAUCAAGCUCCUGGAGGCAGGGUAUGAUGUGGAGUUUGCCAACCCCCAGGGCAACCCGCCCGCCUUGGACCCCAUGAGUGACAACAAGAUCUGGUUCCCCAUGUCUUUGGGAGCGGAGAAAGAGCACGAGAAGCAGCUGCUCGAGCGGCUGGGGGUGGAGAAGAACUUCAAGAACCCGCGCCGAUUUGCUGAUAUUGGCGACCAGGAGCUGGUGGGAUAUGCGGGCAUCUUCUUGCCGGGGGGUCAUGCGCCCAUGACGGACCUGUGGAACGACAAGGAUCUGGGCCGCAUCCUCAUGCACUUCCACAACAGGAGCAAGCCCACAGGCAUCAUCUGUCAUGCCCCGGUUGCCCUCUUAUCGACGACGCUGGUACAGCCAAAACCCUGGACAUAUGAGGGCUAUCAGAUGACGUGCUACAGCAAUGCAGAGGAGAAGAUGAACGAAAUGCUGUGGCGCUCCAGUCUGCAGUUCAAGGCUGAGGAUGCUCUGCGGAACAGCGGCGCCAUCAUGAAGGAGGCGCUGCCAAUGAUGCCCAAUGUGGUGGAGGACAGGGAGCUCAUCACAGGACAGGGGCCCACCUCAGCGGACCGCCUCGGCGACGCCCUGGUCAAGGCGUUGGAUCAGAGCUUGGGAGCUGUUCAAGGUCUAGCAGGGGCGUGAGCGUGGCCAUGUACAACUGGACACCGACCCAAGGCAAAUACUCGAGGUCUUUUUGAUGGUGGAAGUUGUAGAAUAUGAUUCGAUACGCUUUUCCUUAAAUCAUUAAUGUCACCAUUUUGAUUGUAUGAAGGAUUUUGGAGUGCAGGCUGGCCUCUGGCUGGAUGAGUUAUGCGAUGGAAACGGUUUUUUCCAAAGCAAGAGGAUCUACAAACGAGGAUCUAUAAUCCGAACAUAAUCUAUGUAUAAUUUAUACGAUCGAGAAUAGAGUAACAUAGCAAGAAUCGUUGAUUAGUAAUAUAGGUCUGCUCAGAUUUUGGCCUGUCUUUAAGUGCGACUUUGAGCUUUGCUUUUUGGCCAGCUCGACUCGGAAUCUUGUUCUUAUCUGUAUUUAGAUUCAUAACUGUCUCGAAAAUGCUGUUCUAAGAGUGCAAU